AUGAUUUUCAAUUUGUUAUUAGUAAUUAAAUAUAAUUGUAGUUCUUUAACGGAUAAUGUUGAACAAUCUAUACCAGAAAAUACCAACGUUUGUGAAUUAAAUCCUUUAAAUCAGACAGUUGUUUCAGAGAAUGAUUCAUCUUCUGAAACAAGAAAUGAACAAUUAUUAACUGACAAAGAAAUUAAUUUUAUUUUAGAAGAUAUUGAUUUAAGUGAAAAAUUUUUGUUUGAAAAUUCAGAAGAUUUUUUUGAAUCAAAUGAAAAUAAGAAUAAAGACAAUUAUGAAAAUCUAAUACUUUCUAUUGACCCAGAUCCAAUACCUGCCGUUAAUAAAGAUUCAAUACCUGCCAUUAAUAAAGAUUCAAUACCUGCCAUUAACUCAGAUCCAACACCUGACAUUAAUAAAGAUUCAAUACAUGACAUUAAUAAAGAUUCAAUAUCUGACAUUAAUAAAGAUUCAAUAUCUGAUAUAAAAAUAAUAACAAAAAUAUCUCAUUAG